AUGUGUUCCUUCGGGCUCUGUGCCACGCUGGUGUCAAGGACGAGAUCUUACAAUGGGCCCGCGCACUUGGCAAAGACGUUAGCCUUCAACGCGGUGAUUGCCGUGGACCUCUUCUACAUGACCGUCUUCGGGUCGGAGAAGAUCUUCCUGGUUUGCGUGGGUCAUGGGACGGGCUACGUGCAAGUUGCCCGCUGCAAGGACGCGAAGGCCGCUACGGUCCGUCAGGAAUUGUGCCGGGCGUGGGUACAACCCUUUGGUGUUCCGGAGCUUAUCUUGUGUGAUCAGGGUCCAGAGUUCACUGGAGAACAGUGUCAGGAACACCUGUCCCAGCUCGGGGCCGCCAUCCACUACACCGACGGGGCGAGCCCAUGGCAAAACGGAAAGGCUGAACGAACAGUUCAGACCCUCAAGAACAAGAUCCUCGUAACGAUCAAGGACAUUGCCGCGCAUGAGGAGGAGCUGGAUGUGGUGAUCGCCCACGUGGUGUCCGCUUACAACUCAAUGUUCGACCGUCACGGAUUUACGCCGGACCAGCGAGUUUUCGGGCGUUCUGUGAGAAUGCCAGCUUCUUUGUUAGCUGAUGAUCGACUGAACCAGGAGUUAAUCAAGGAAGCUGCCGGUGACUCCGUGCGCCGAACGUGGGACAUCCGGGAAGCCGCUCGCUCUUCCUGGUUGAAGAAGGAUGACGCUGAAGCAGUUCAGCGAGCUCGCCGCGUACAAACUCGGCGUACUGACCACCACUCUUACCGACUACAACCUGGGCAGUGGGUCUACGUGUGGCGAAAGACAGACAAUCGUCAUGGAUGGACUGGCCCUGGAUCCUUGAUCGCUCAAGUGCCAGGAAGCACGUCAUGGUGGAUCAAUGUGCGUGGAAGAUUGUGGAAGGCCUCAGCGGAACAAAUCCGACCUACGUCCAGCGAGGAGGACCUUGGUGCCACUUUAAUGAUGGAGUUGCGCGGUGAUCUGGUGAAACAGGUAACAGGGUUAUUUCAAACCGAGGAGUUAGCUACUCCACCAGCGAAUCAGCCAGGUUCCACCUCAGCUGCGGAUGCCGACGGCACGGAGUCCCUUGGGGAGACCACGACUGCAGGCAACGAAGGACCCCGCACGGGACCUUACUUUCAGGAGUCCGAGACGGUGAACCCCUCGACCUACCUGAACGUCAUGGACUCUGAUGCGGCCCACGUGCCAAAGGUUCAUUUCCAAGUUGGCGCCACGGAAGCUUGCUUUAGUGAGCGUGAUCGCUGCACGUAUGUGGGCAAGGCCAAGACCUCUUUUGGCCAGGUCGAGUUCUCCAAGUUAACCGGCUCGGCCAAGGAGAUGUUCCGCAAAUCUCGGGCCAAGGAGUUCAAGUCCCUUCUUGAUAACCGAGCGGUGAAGGUCCUUAGUGUUCAGGAGUCGGAUUUCGCCGACUACACCCUGAAGCGAUCCUCGAGUCGAGAUUUGUGGACCGGUUCAAACCGGCGAGACCCACAGAUUCAUCAGAUCGAACGCAGCGCGCCAACCGGCAUCUUCGAGCAUCAACGUGGACGGUGGGAUGCACAUCUGAGAGAUGUCAAGACGGCCUCCCUACAGAGCCGUCCUACCGACAGAAAGACCCCGUUGGCGUGCUCUCAGCCGAAAGAUGAAGGUCUUCCUGGACUGGAUCCCCGGCAGCUACUGCUUCUCCUAACAGAGGUUUAUGGCUUGGUGAGCGGGCCGGCUUGGUGCAGAUCCUCGUUCCUCCAGAAGGUCCAGAAACAUGGCUUCCGAUUGUGCCCGUACGAGCCUUGCAUCUUAACUCUUCCAGGAGAAGCUCCCGGAUCGCCUACCGAAGGAGUUAUAGUCAUAGAGGUUGACGACUUGAUCGAGGCCGGUGGUUCCAGUCAUCGCAAGAAGUUCGAGGCCCUCGAGAAGGAAAUCACCUUCGGGAAGGUUGUUCGGCUGCUGGAUGCCAAGGAAGCCGACAGCACAUAUGCUGGACGAACUCUUCGACAGCUUCCGGAUUACUCCUUCGAGCUGAACAUUGAGGAGUAUGUGUACACCCGCUUGGCUCCGGUGACCCUCACGCGCAAAGUGUUCAAGAAGGAUGCGAGCGAGGUUCCGCUCGAGCCAUCCGAGGUCACGCAGCUCCGGGGCGUGGUUGCAGGCCUAUCCUGGGUUUCUCGGGAGUGUCGUCCAGACACCGCUGCAGCGGCUUCCAUCUUGGCUUCAAGCUUUCCAGAACCGACGAUGCAGCACGCGAUCUUGGCCAACGAGGUGAUCAAACAGCUAAAGCAGUGCCCGAUGCGACUUCGCAUCCACAGCAUCGAGGAGACCAAAGUCCGGAACCUGGUGAUCUCGGAUUCGGCCUUUGACACGACUGGCAAAGAGAAAUGCCAGCACGCGUUCUUCAUCGGGUUCACCACCGACGAGCUGAACCUGGGAAAACCUGCCGUGGUGAGCCUCACACGAUGGUGCUCUCGCCGGCUUCGUCGAAAAGCUUCGUCGUCCAUGCUGUGUGAGGCCAUCAGCUUCUCUUCGGCCACUGCUGCUUUGGAAAAACAAGACGCCUUGUGGGAUGCUCUUCGCAUCAGCUACUACGACCCAAGACAGCGCCAGAGGGUCGAGGAAGAGACUUUGGAGCUUCAGGGAAAAUCCACGGUCAUUGCUUCUGACGCUCCCCUUUACCAAGAUCCUCGAAGCCUCGUGAUCAUCGAUGCCAAGUCGCUUUUCGACAGUUUGCUCAGCGGUCAACCUUGUGAAUGCGAGCGGACGAAUCUCGAAGUAGCAGUGAUUCAAGAAUCACUGCAGGUGUGCAAAGCAAGGCCACGGCACAACCCGGCUGACGCCCUGACCAAGUUUCCUGGUGCCCAUCUGGAGCCGCUUGUAAAGCUGCUCAAGUCUCAUCGCUUCCAAAUUAGCGAUGAAGAGGCCAUUUUGAAGCAAGGCCGCCAAGGCCAGCAGCGGCUCAAGCAAGGCUUGAGCUCAUUGGGAAACCUUUCCUUUUUGGGGGCUGUGAAGCAGUAUCUGCUAUCCUGGAACUGA